GAAGGAAGAGCGUUCCAGAUGGCCGCAGAAGUGCAUCUGAUAAAGCGGGAUGCGGUGACCGUGAUGAGAGAUGAAAGAACAUAAUAGAUGAUAGAAAUAUAGAGAUGAGAGAAGAUGAGCGGAGAAGAUGAGAGUUGAGCCGAUUGACCUUUGACACCUCGCACCCCCCCCCUCCCCACAGUCACGACCAUUGCACUGGGGUCGAGGUUUAUACUCUUGCCUCCCUUAUUCCAUGACCAGCUUCAUCAAAACCCAAAUCACAAACAUUCCAGUGCGACCAAAGGUUGCCGCCGUUUUGAAUGUCGUACACGAGUGCGUGCUGCAGGCAUAAACUAGGAUCCAAUAAAGAAUGCUGUGGUAUAAUUUCACAUCAUACAUAUGCAUGAGAGAGAGGUGGUGGGGGGAUGGAGGCCAGGAUAAAUGAUUUAUUUACACUUUACUCUUUAACCCUGGUUCCAGCGCGAGCGGGUGGCCGGGCACUGCACCACCGCCUCUCGAUGUCGUGCAACCAGAGUGGUGACCGCACGCUCUGCUGGCUCUCAGCAACUGCAGCUGCUCCAGCUGCUUCAGUAGCUCCGGCGCAGCACAAGCGAACUCCGAUGUGAACGAGGCGACGAGGCACCUUGAGCCCCCCGGAGCUCAAUCCCACUCCUUUCACCGCUGCCUCCGCUGCGGCCACCGCCGCUGCCGAGAUUCAAGGGGUGCAGGUCGCCAUGGAGGUGCCGGGCCGAGCGGCCACGUCUCCCCGGCCGGGUCCCACCGUCGGCGUGCAGGCCACCGUGGGGGUCCUCGGGUCCCGCGGCCUCACGGGCGUGGACAUAGCGGUGCUGGUGCUGUACUUCGUGUUCGUGCUGGCCGUGGGGCUGUGGUCCAUGUGGAGGACCAAGCGGGGAACGGUGACCGGAUACUUCUUGGCCGGAAAGAAGAUGGUUUGGUGGACGGUCGGGGCCUCUCUCUUCGCCAGCAACGUGGGCAGCGGCCACUUCAUGGGGCUCGCGGGCAGCGCCGCCGCCUCCGGCAUCGCCGUGGCCGCCUACGAAUUCAACGGCAUGUUCGUGGUGCUUCUGCUCGCCUGGGUCUUCCUGCCUAUUUACAUCGCAUCCGGGGUGACCACGAUGCCCGAAUACCUGCAGAGGAGGUUUGGGAGCAAACGCAUCCGCAUUUACAUCGCCGUCCUCUACCUCUUCAUCUACAUCUUCACCAAGAUAUCGGUGGACAUGUACGCCGGCGCCGUAUUCAUCCAGCAGGCGCUAAACUGGAACCUCUACGUGGCGGUGGCGCUGCUCCUGGCCAUCACGGCACUCUACACCAUCGGAGGUGGCCUGGCCGCCGUCAUCUACACCGACACGCUGCAGACGCUGAUCAUGUUCAUCGGAGCGCUCAUCCUCAUGGGAUACAGUUUCUGGAACAUCGGCGGCUAUGAGAACCUGUACGAGCGCUAUUUCCUGGCGAUCCCCACGCGGCGGGACCCCAACUCGACGUGCGGGAUCCCGCGCGAGGAUGCCUUCCACAUGUUCCGCGACCCCGUGACCUCCGACCUGCCGUGGCCCGCCGUCAUCGUCGGCAUGAGCAUCCCGUCCAUCUGGUACUGGUGCACCGACCAGGUCAUAGUUCAGAGGUCGCUGUCCGCCAAGAACCUCUCGCACGCCAAGGGCGCCUCCCUCUUUGCCUCCUCAAUGAAGGUGCUGCCCCUCUUCAUGAUGGUCUUCCCGGGAAUGAUCAGCCGCGUGCUCUUCACCGAGGAGGUGGCGUGCGUGGACCCCGAGGUGUGCGAGGCCGUGUGCCAGAACCGCGUGAGCUGCACCGACAUUGCCUACCCCAAGCUCGUCAUGGAGCUGCUGCCGGAGGGGCUCCGCGGGCUGAUGAUGUCGGUGAUGAUCGCCGCGCUCAUGUCCUCGCUCACCUCCAUCUUCAACUCCUCCAGCACCAUCUUCACCAUGGACCUGUGGCGUUACAUCCGCCCGCGCGCCUCCGAGCGCGAGCUCAUGAUCGUCGGCAGGGUGUUUGUGCUGGUGCUCGUCGUGGUGUCCAUCGUCUGGAUCCCCGUGGUCCAGGCCAGCCAGGGCGGGCAGCUCUUCUUCUACAUCCAGGCCAUCAGCUCCUACCUGCAGCCGCCCGUCGCCAUCGCGUUCAUGCUGGCCUGCGCCUGGAGGCGGGCCAACGAGACCGGCACGUUCUGGGGCCUCAUGGUGGGCCUCGCGGUCGGCCUCACGCGCAUGGUCCUCGACUUCGUGUACCCCGAGCCGGGCUGCGGCGAAGAGGACACGCGCCCGUCCGUCACGCGCUACGUGCACUACCUCUACUUCUCCAUGCUCCUCUCCUUCAUCACCCUCGUGGUCAUCGUGGCCGUCAGCCUCGCCACCGACGCGCCAACGCCCGACCAGCUGGUGCGCCUCACGUGGUUCACGCGGAACGACAAGCCCCUCGCGCCGGCGGAGGACCGGAAUGGCAACGACGCCCGCGUCAUCGCCGCCGACGCAGACGCCGCCGGGGGGACCGAGAAAGUGUCGUUCCGUGACGACGCGUCCAUCGCGCAGGGCGACUCGGAGCCCACGCGAGACGGAGCUUCCGACGGCAGCUUGCCCCGCCGCCGGCCACUGUGGAAGCGGGCGCUGCUGUGGUUCUGCGGCUUGGACGGGCCGUCGAGCUCGGGCGCCGGCACGGAGCAGCGGGGCUACGAGGCGCCGCUGCCACCCGUGGGGGACGUCGAGGCCGCCCUGUACGAGAAUCCCAGGGCGAGGCGACUCAUGAACUCGUGCCUCCUCGUCUGGAUGUCCGCCGGCAUCUUCCUCUGGGCCUACUUCGGCUGACGGCACCUCUCCGUCGUCCCCGCGCAGAGGGGGGGGGGAGUUACCCUAACGAGGAUGGAUUAGCGGCGUCGGCGCCGUGGCCCUCUGCUGACGGGCUGCCGGGAGGUUGCUUGAGUGAAAAAAAAACUAUUUUUUUUAUUCACCAGGUAAGGUCCUCUGAGCUAUUGAGCCCUUUUUCAAAAGCAACCUGGCCACACAAAUGUUAGCUCACCGAAGUGGCUUAUCAUCAUGUGGAAUGUUAGAGCAGCCAAAUACUCUGCGUGAUGUUGAUUCAAAAUGUGGAGGGAAAAAAACAAGGCCCGGAGAAAAAUCCACACGACCAUGGGGAGAGAAAACACGCAAACUCCAAAUGUACAGCAGCAGGCGUCAGGGUCGGGAUCGAACCCACGACCUCCUGCAUACCCGGCGAGGUAGUUAACAUCUCGCCACCCUGGCGCCCAUUCUUUGGGACAGCUGUUGCCGGCUCGGCGAUUUUGUCGCUAGAUCGAGCGACUUUUUGGGGGUUUCCCUCGAGAUGACAUUUUGUCGAAGUGAUUAGCGACAAAAUCCAGCGACUUUCUGGGGCGAGGGACAUGAUGCGGACUUGGGAGCGAUUCCAGGCGAGUGUGAAGGAUCAUGUAUCGAUUCACAGUUUGUAACGCUCGGGAGAUUGUUUUGUGACACUUCCUGAGGCCUCUCCAGUGACAUUAAUGACUCCUUUUGUAAAUGAUAUUUGUGAUAUUUUGACGAUGCAAAACGUGCCUUCGUUUGUGUUUUAGCUGCUGUGCGAUCGUACCGUUGUGAAGUGCACAAUAAUGACGCACAAGUAGUCUGUGUGCGUGAGCGUGCGGUGCUCUGUUGUGGGUAGUGUCGCGGUUUGCACGCUACGCUACGAACCCAGCCACGCGAGUUCGAUUCCUGCUCGCAGCCAACAUCAGUCACGAUUAUCUGAACCGGUCCUGGGCCUCCCCAAGGUCGUCCCAGCCUCAAAUGAUUACCUGGUGCGGUGUGUAAACAUCACCACUCGGGAGACAAAGGUGGCCAGGGCGUUGUGCUGGCCACCCACCCCCUCGCGCGCUAUCCCGGCCUUCAUUGGUGCUCGCGAACAGCACUUGCCCGAGUCGUCUGUUUCUAUAUGGCGGAUAUUUGUUUUUGUUUGUGGUGCUGUAUACCCAUGUCACACCUGGGUAAGUUGUAACUAAUUGCUGCGUUGCGUUGUGGCUCGGAAUCGAGCCCAGCUGGGUUGCAGGAGCGAUGAGACCCAGCGUGAGUCCAGGGAAGGGCUCUCUGCGUUUUAUUGUUUGUGACCUUUUGAGCCAGUUGGCCAGAUGCGGGCUCGGCCUUAGCCCACUUUCACCCGGGUAACUGGAGAGCAUCGACCUACAUAUUCCUUGACUUAUCGCUAAAAUAGCUACAAAUAAAUUUAAAGAUGCAAUAAAAAAAAAAUAAGAAUGAAUCACCAUGUUUUAAAAACUUUAAAUAACUUCUCAUACUUUCUGGGACACUAUUCCGAUAUCAAACAACCAGGCUAUGUGAAAGACCAAUGCUGUACACAUAACGCAGCAUUCGCUCGACCCGCAUUUGCGUGCCCUCUGUUGCCGCUCAGAAGCACUGAGACACGCUUCAGCCUGCGGACAGUGGCACGCAUUCGGAGCAGAUCCACUGGAUGACUUGGCAGUGGCUAUUAUGUACUUCACGUUUGUCAGGUUGUGUAUUUUUGCCAGCUCUUCAAAUCUGGUUGUGGACUUAAUUUGUCCAAAUUACAUCUGAGAAUUAAUACGGUUUGUCUUAUCAUGAAUAGGAAAAAAAUGACUGUCUACGAGAGGUGGCGGUGGCAGAGUUAGGCACCGCUGAGGGCCUGGGUUCGAAUCCAGGCAGCCAGCUGUGGGUUAAACCGGGUUCCCAAGUACGGUAUUAUGGCGAGUUGAUGGUCACCAACGACUACACUUUGGAUACAUUCCAGCUGUCAUUUAAAUUAUUGGUUUGACUUGCCGUGCGACACAAAUAUUACUAUUGUCUGCGGUGCUGUCCCCUACGUACGGUGUGGACCCCAGAGGUCACUGGAAGAGAUCUCUCUCUCUCACUUCUGUGAUGUCCACAUCCGCGAGGCCUUCUCUCACACGAAAGGUCGCACUGCUCUGCGAGAGAUCCGAACGGAUGCUCCAUUUCUUGGCAAUACGUAGAUUCAAAAUCUGCUCAACAUUAAAAAGGCAGUUUCAACAACUGAUUGAGUUUCUUUUUCGUUUAGCCUCAUGUGGUAACUGUGUACAGAGAGAGAGAGCCAGGUUCUUAUGCUGAUGAAAUGGCUAAGAAGCAUUGCCACGGUGAUUUGCCGCACCCUUCGUGACGGAGAACAUGGGUUUCAUUGGGAUGAAAACAAACACUCUCGAACGGUGCAUUGAGCCGUCGCGUGGCGCGGGGCUGAGUCCUGUGCCCAGGGAGGAGGGAACAUCUCUUUGAUAUUUUAACUAAUGCGCCUAUCCACGCUACAAAUAAACAUUAAUGAGUCAAUAACGUGUCGAUUCCAACAUAAACACACGUACAGUAUACAAGCGCACAAAGACACUGACAUCACUGCGCCCUGGCAUCAGCAAAGCGCACGAUCACAACACCCGGAGUCGCCACGAUAGCCCAGGGGCCGUGCAUUGGAGAACCAGAGACCCAAGCUCAGGAGCCAACAACGGAGGUCUCCCAGACUCUGAGAAUCUCCCAGACUCUGAGAAUCUCCCAGACUCUGAGAAUCUCCCAGACUGAGAAUCUCCCAGACUCUGAGAAUCUCCCAGACUGAGAAUCUCCCAGACUGAGAAUCUCCCAGACUCUGAGAAUCUCCCAGACUCUGAGAAUCUCCCAGAAUCUGAGAAUCUCCCAGACUCUGAGAA